GAUGGUUCCAAAACUUUGGACUGGCGCCUAGCUUUACACCAAAAAUCUAUACAGCUUGUGCUUUGUCAAGAUGUCUGCCGAUCCUUCAGGUCCUACUGGGAUCGGUCUCGGUAGAUCCAAUGCCACAAAACUCGGCAAAGGACCACGUAACAAGACAGGAUUAAAACUAUCACCAUUACAUUUGAAUACCCCGUCCCCUUCCGUCUCGGCCAGCUCUGCGUCGUCUCAUUCACCAGCUAACAGCCGACAAUUGACGCCAUCUAAUAGUUCUUUCAAAGACAAGAUUGGUAAUCUCUUUAGUGGAAACAAAUCCGGACUUGUUCCAGCAACAUCUGGUCAUGUUGAGGAAGAAGAGCAGUCGACAGCGGCGGCGAUUCUGGCAGGCCAACUAUCCUCGCUUUCCCUCCAAGCACCUAAAACGAAAGACUAUGCAACGAGAGCACCACCUCCACCGGAACUGCUCAUUGAUAGCGCUCCACCACUUCCUUCAAGCUCUUCAAGCGCAUCAUCGUUGACUCCAACAGCCACACCUGCAGUUUCAAUAUCGGAACCCGACGGGGACGAGCACUUCAUGGAACUGAAACCCGAAGAUUUCGAGAAUCUCGACAAGUUGGGCGAAGGUGCUGCUGGAACCGUACGAAAGGUAUUGCAUAAACCGAGCGGCCUCAUAAUGGCCAAGAAGUCGAUUACCGCGGACCCUGAUCCAGCUAUUCAGAGACAAAUAUUGCGAGAAUUGGCGUUUUUGAAGACAUGCAACUCUCCUCAUAUUGUAUCAUUUUUCGGCGUUUUCUUAGAUGAUGGUGAUACGACAAUAGCGAUAUGUAUGGAAUACUGUGAGGCUGGCAGCUUAGAGGAUAUCUAUAAGCGUGCCCGCGAUCUUGGAGGUGUGAUUGGAGAGCCCGUUCUAGAGCGUGUUGCUGAAUCUGUGUGCAAAGGACUGGUUUACUUGCACUCAAAGCAUGUCAUCCAUCGAGAUAUCAAGCCAUCCAACAUUCUAGUCACUAAAAAGGGUGAAGUCAAACUCUGUGAUCUCGGUGUGUCUGGAGAAUUGAUAAACUCAUUGGCGCAGACUUUUACUGGCACAAAGUAUUAUAUGGCACCCGAACGUAUACAAGGUGCUCCUUAUUCUGUGCAAUCUGAUAUCUGGUCACUAGGCUUGACCAUCAUAGAAGUAUCGCAAAAUCGACCAGCACUCCCACCGCCUGGACAGCCUCAUCUGUCUAUUUUUGAAUUACUUGAUUUUAUUGUGCACCAACCCGUACCUACCCUUACAAGCGAGCAUAUCUCGAAAGAAUGCAAAAACUUUGUUUCAGUGUGUCUUACUAAGGAUCCGCGCAGUCGACCUGGUCCGCAGAGGAUGCUUCAACAUCCAUUCAUACGGAUGUGGGAAAACGUGGAAAUAGACCUGAGCUCAUGGAUUAAAGAAGUGUGGAACUGGACGUAGAACGCACCAAUUUUUUAUGAAGCAAGAGAGAGUGAAAAAAAAAUACCCUUCUCAAAAUGUUUUCUACCACCCGCCACUCCCGGCAAAAAGUAAAUCAUAACAAAAUAAAAAAGAACAAAAAAACUGAAUAAAAACAUAACAAGGCCAUGGCAAUCUUUACAUCGCCAAUAGAACA